AUGGCAGUGUACUAUAAAUUUAAAAGUGCAAAAGAUUACGACUCGGUUGCAAUUGAUGGUCAUUUUAUAUCUGUUGGAUAUCUGAAAGAAAAAGUUUUUGAAUCAAAGCAAUUGGGCAGGGGUACUGACUUUGACCUCGUUAUAACGAAUGCGCAGACUGACGAAGAGUACCUUGAUGAAGAAAUGUUAAUUCCAAAAAAUACUUCAGUCCUAAUCCGCCGUGUUCCUGGACGACCUCGGAUGCCCAUAGUUACUGCACCAAUCUCUGAACAAGACGAGCCAAAGGUGGAAGAUAAUUCUGUGGGUGUUCAUGCUAUAAAAAGUAGUUUUGCGGGAGCUGAUUCAUCUACCAUGCAAUAUAUUGAAGAGGGAGAAUGGGAUGAAUUUGGAAAUGAUCUGUAUGCGAUACCCAACCCCAUGCCAGUCCAAUCUAGUAAUCCAGUUCAGAAUGCUCCUACUAAUAGAGCUGAUGAGGAUAGCAAGAUCAUGGCUUUGAUUGACACACCAACCUUAGACUGGCAGCGGCAAUCUUCUAAUGGUUUUGGCUCUGGUAGAGGUUUUGAACGGGGCAUGGGUGGAAGAAUGAUGGGGGGACGUGGUUUUGGUCGAGGUGGAUUCGAUCGAAAAACACCACCUCUGGGAUACAUAUGUCACAGGUGCAAGGUGCCUGGGCAUUUUAUACAACACUGCCCAACAAAUGGAGAUCCAAAUUAUGACGUUAAAAUAGUGAAACCUCCCACUGGAAUUCCAAAGUCUAUGCUAAUGGCUACACCUGAAGGCUCAUAUGCAUUACCAAGUGGGGCUGUUGCAGCUUUGAAGCCAAAUGAGGCUGCCUUUGAAAAAGAAAUUGAAGGGAUGCCUUCUACGCGUUCUGUUGCUGAUCUUCCACCAGAACUCCAUUGCCCUUUAUGCAAAGAAGUAAUGAAAGAUGCUGUGCUUACGAGCAAGUGUUGUUUUAGGAGUUUCUGUUAUAAAUGUAUAAGAGAUUACAUCAUUUCUAAAUCAAUUUGCGUCUGUGGGGCAUCAAAUAUCCUCGCGGAUGAUCUGUUGCCCAACAAGACAGUAAGGGAUACUAUAAAUCGAAUCCUCGAGUCCAAUAACAGCAGUGCCGAAAAUGGCUGGAAUAACGUUCAAGUCCAAGAUAUGGAGUCGCGCAAUCCUCAUCGUCAGGGUUUAUCUCCUACACAGUCUGCCUCCUCGAAAGGAGAGCAAGUGGCAACAAGACCGCUCCCUCCUCAAAAGGAAGAGAUUUCAAAGAUAGUUGAGAUUGCGGAAGAGGACAAGGCACUGGUUGCUCCAGACCAGAAAGUUGAGAAAGUUAGAACUUCAAAAGUGGCAGAUGUUUCAGAAGUUAUACAUGAGGUUCUAAGUUUUAAGGAACCAGCAUCACAGGUUAGUGCUCCAUUGGCUGAUGAAGAAGUGCAGCAGAAACCCCUCUCUGGGGAUGCAGGAAAGAAGAAGAAAAAAAAGAGAAUGCACUUACCUCCUAAUGUUGCAGAGAUGCAAUGGAGAACUAGCCAGGACCUUGCAGCUGAGAAUUACAUGAUGUCUAUGGGGCAUUGUGCUUAUAAUCCAUAUUGGACAGGCAUCCAACCUGGAACGGAGGCAUUUGUAUCCCCUUAUGGUGGUCCUAUGCCAUAUAGUGGUGGGUUUGGUCAUAUGGAUCUUGCAUUCAGAGGUGUUUUACCUCCUGAUCCAUUUGCAGGACCGGGUUGUAUGUUGCCGUAUGCCGGCCCACCUCAGAGGGACCUUGCGGACUUAGCAAUGGGAUUUAAUGCUGGGCCACGGAAAAUGAACAGAGAGGAUUUUGAAGCUCAGAAAGCUGAUCUCAAAAGGAAGCAUGAAAUGGAGAGGAAUUGUAAUAGGGAGUUAUCUAAGGAUUGGGAAUAUGGUAGAGAAAUGAGCAGCGCAGGCAGUGUUUCUUCGUUGAAAUCCAAAUCAAAGUCUAUUCACCCUCCACCUAGUGGAGACCAUCAUCAGCACUAUCCCCCACGACCUGAGAGAUCAUCCCUAGACGGACGCACCCGUGACACUGAACUUGCUCGCCUCUCAUCCAAGAGAAAAUCCGAGUAUGAUGGCCACCACCGUGGCAACUCUGAUGGCUAUCAUCAACAAGAUGAGCGAGGAGAUCCUCGCCCAUUGUCCAAGAGUAAAUCCGACUAUGAUCAUCACCACCGUGACAAUGGCUACCAUCACCAAGAAGAUUACCACCGCCAUGACUAUCCCGACAACCAUAAGCAUCGUGAUUAUCAUAACCGCAGCAGCCACCAUGGAUUGGAGUCAUCAUCGGCUGCUAAACCUCCCCCAUCAGUACCACCUGUAGCAUUGGCCAGUAGUACCUUGACGUCUGACCAGAAGCAAAAAACAAGCGUAUUUUCUCGCAUUAGUUUUCCCGAAAAAGAUGUAGCAGCUUCCAAGAAAAGAAAGUUGUCGUCUUCUACUAGUGCAGCACCAGGCAGCAUCUCUGGAAGCCACAGGGUGUCGGCAUCUAAUGUGUAUCAUGAAGAGCACAAGGUAGUGCCUGGGUCAAGAAAAAGUGCUGUUGAUUCUAUGGAAUACGAGAGCAGUGAUGAUGAUAGGCAUUUCAAGAGAAGGCCAUCAAGGUACACUUCGUCAUCACCUCCGGCUGUUGCUGAGAAGUGGGAGGGCGAGGAGUCGAGGCGUUCCCGAGGGUCUAGGGAGAGGGAACGUGACAGAGAUCGUUAUGGCAAGCAUGGAUGA